AUGACGGCGCCAAUCGCUUCAGCGUGGAAAAUCAUUCCAACGUUCGAAUCAAAAUCGAUACAGAGAACUCUUGAUUUCUAUGUCGACUUUCUUGGAUUCGAAUUGGGCGGGGUAAAGCCAGAGGACGGGCCGUCUUCAGAUUAUACUUUUUGCUCGAUCUUUGCAGGGGAUAAAGCAGCAGCCAAUAUCUACUUCUUCAAACCUGAUGGUGAUGUCAAACCAGGGUCGGUAUAUAUCGCAUUGGGUACAGAGCAGUUGGACAUGCUGCAUGAUACUGUCAAGGGUCAGAGAAGCGAUGUAAUUGAAGAAGCGAUUGAAGAUAAGCCGUGGGGUUUUCGGCAGUUCGCUAUCAAAGACCCUGAUGGGAAUAAGUUGACAUUCUUCAAGUUUCUAGAGGGCGGCAAUCCAGGCACGGAAUAAUUCGAGGCAUCCAUCCAUAUGUCAAGGCUGCACGCAUGUCGUUGUCGGCAAUGACUUGGUUGACAGUCUCAAGAUUGAGGCUAACAUUUUGAGGAUAUUGUAAGAGUACUAUGAGAUUCUAUGAUGAAGGAUUUGGGACAAAGGGUUGACACGAUGGCUAUAUCAAAUGAACGGAAAUCUCCUUGGACUACGACCAGUA